UUAAAACAGCAGCUCCAAGAAUCCAAUUUGGUAAAACUGAUAUGACAUACCAACCUGAUUUGAGAAAAGAAUUUAAUAUUCAAGAGUUUCCUACUGUGAAUUUUUUUGUGGAUGGCAGCAGGGAAGAUCCCAUAGACUGCAAAGGAGUCAGGCAAGCCUCAGCCCUUAUUACACGGGUGAAAAGAAGAACAGGACCUAGCACUGUUUUAAUCAACUCUACUGAUGAGGCUGAAGCCAUCAUAAAUGCUGAUGAUUUAGCAGUGGCUGGCUUUUUUAAGAUAUCUGAGAAGACUUUUGAUGUCCCUGUUGAAAAUCACAUCCUGCUGUUUGCCCCAAUGAACUUGGAGACGUUCAGUGCAAUUUACGAGAACUACAAGUCUGCUGCUGUGGAAUUUACAGGGAAAAUAAUGUUUGUCUUGGUGGAUUCUAAUGAACCAAGGAAAGGAAGAGUUUUUGAGUACUUUCGCAUCAGGGAGGUUGACAUUCCUGCCUUGAGAAGCCUAAAUCUGACACGUGAGGCAAUGUAUAAAACGCUGGCAAAUGAGGUGACUGUGGAGAAUCUGAAGGAAGUCUGCCAGAGCUACCUAAAUGGAAAAGCAAAGGUAUGCCCACUACUAAUGAGACAUCCCUUUACUACCUCACUAGACCUCUCCAGUGAGUAAAUUCCAGAGGACUGGAACAAGAUGCCUGUCAAAGUGCCUGUUGGGAAGAAUUUUAACAGGAUUGUCUUUGAUAAGACCAGGAAUGUGUUUGUUAUGGUUUUUAAGUGUUAUUGUUAUGCCCCUUGGUCCUAUGACUGCAGAAAAUUCCUGCCAAUCUGGGAUGAAUUAGGAGAGCGCUGUGAAAGUUGCACAGACAUAAUCAUUGCAAAGAAAGAUGUCACAGCAAACAACAUCCUGUUCAUUGGAUUAGUUCGCUAUCCAUUCUUCAGACUAUUUCCUGCUGGACCAGACUACCAGGAGGCUGUGGCAAAAGCCCAUGCAUUAUUUACCAACCUGGACUUGCAAGUCAUUACAACCUUACGUUCUGCUGUUGAACAAUCUCCAAUCUGCCUGUUGGGUUCCAGCAACAGUCUCAACUCAGAGUGA